GUUAACGCGAGCGUUCCUUCAUCACAACAGAGACGCUCCGCCGUUAAGUCGUUCUUUCACUGGGAGAAAAACGUCUGAUUUUCGUCGCUGCCAGUUCCUCGGAGGAGUUGUUCUUCGGGGGGCUUGAUGUUUGACGUCUUUGCAACAUGGACUUAAUGGUAAUUUCUGGUUCUUUAUUAUUCCUUCUCUUACCGGGCCGGAGUCUCGCACAGCACCGGGGAUAGAGGCCUCCGCGCGCCUGCUCGAUUAACGGAGAGCCCGCGCGGAGCCACAACAGACACGGGCGGGAAUUCUACGGCUGUUUUGGAGGUCAGACGCUAUUCAUCAUUCUGACAGGAGUCGGGGUGUAGUGGCUGAGGGAAACGGAACCAGUUGGGGCUGGUGUUGAUGUGGGGAAAAAUGGAGAACCCGACGAUCGUGUACGAUCUGGAUACCUCCGGCGGGCUGAUGGAGCAAAUCCAGACUCUGCUGGCGCCGCCCAAGUCUGAAGAUGGAGAGAAGAGGACCAGGAAACCAGACAGGAGACCCGGCAGGGCCAGCAAUCAUGAUACCUGCGACAGUUGCCGGGAAGGAGGGGACCUGCUGUGUUGUGAUCACUGCCCCGCUGCCUUCCAUCUACAGUGCUGUAACCCACCAUUGAGUAGAGAAAUGCUGCCCCCUGGCGACUGGAUGUGUCAUCGCUGCACCGUUAGCAAGAAGAAAAGGGAACAGAAGAAGGAGCAAAUUAACGGUCUGUUGGAGCAGCAGCUGGGGAAGCAAAUGCCUUCUCCAGCUCCUGAGCAGGAAUGUGGGACAUUACGUCUGGAUCCUUCCAUGGGGUUGGGCAGCACAGGGAUUCAGGCCGCCGUCGCUCAGGUACGGCUCCUGGAGAGACGACCCAGCAGCCGACCUGCAACCCCCAACUCCAACACUUCUUCCACAGACACGCCCACACCAUCUGAGCAGAAUGACAUGGAGGAAGACCUCCUGGACGUGGAGGACGAGGCCCAGGGUUCUGAGCCUGAAAUCUCAAAUAUCACAACCACCCUCAAAAGACCAUUUGACCUCCUAAUCGCCGCUGCCAUGCAAAGGAACCCUACGCAGUUCCAGCUUCCAGUUGACCUCACUUGCACAACCACACUUCCAGGCACCAGCAAAAGGAGACGAAAAGACGAGUUAUCAGGCAAGAACGUUAAACGCCCACAACAUGAGCUGGACCAUUGUGGACUGGUUCCACUGCCGGUGAAAGUGUGCUACACAUGCAGCAGGAGUUGCCGAUUGACUCCACUGAUCCAGUGCGACUAUUGCUCUCUCUUGUUUCACAUGGACUGUUUGGACCCGCCUCUCACUGCCUUUCCUACAGGCAGGUGGAUGUGUCCCAACCACAUCCAGAACCUGGUACUGAACCAGAGAACCUUGACCCUCAGCAACCGUUGCCAGUUAUUUGACCAGUUUCAGGACCGCAUUUCCCAGCAUGCUGUCAAACUUGACUUCUUGCAGCGGAUACAUCGGCAGCACCCCCCUACAUGGCGGUCGGCUCAUGCCAACAGAAGAAAGACUCUGAAGGUUCCAGAUGCCAUAAAGUCACAGUACCAGAACCCAACUACUCUGAUGGCCACGGCAGGAAUCCGUGAAGGGGAGCUGAUCUGCUCCGGCCUUUCAGAAUCUUUUGCCCCACAGCACUUAGCCAGUGAAGACGAACAGUGUCAGUGGCUCAAAGACGUCAUCUCGCUGCAGUGCAGCAUUAUGAGGCAUUUAUGGAACAGACAAACAUCUCCUUGGGAUUCAGAGCACACAGAAAAGACUGAUCUAAAACUCAGAGACUCUUGCCAGAGUGCCGCCUCAACGGGCAGCCAGAACAUUGCUCCAAAAGUUUCCUGUAGCUCCUGUACUGAUGGACUGUGUCAGAACUGUAAGACCACAAAUGGCCUUGUAGACCGAUUGGUUCAGUCCAAUGCGUGUUCAGGAGCGUGUUCAGGAGCACAUGCUGUUAAACCACAGAAAAUCAUCUCAGAUACCGAGUCAAAAAAUCAGAGAUUUCCAUCCCAUUCCAGUGAUGGGAAUGCUGCUUCGGAUUCUGUGAUGGCAGGCAGUAGUGACGUCUUUUCUUGCACAGAACCUAACAUGCUGGAGCUGUCCGGACGAAUAAAAGACAUCAUGCAGGGCAGCGGAGAAGUUGAGCUUGGCUCAUUGGAUGAGAAUUUUAUCAAGCUCUUAGCCUGGCAGCAGAUUCAGCAGCUCUUUGAGUUGAAAAACUCUCCUGUUCAGAGCAGUUCUCCUUUAUCGGUGUCACCCACUCACAGGAAACACAGUGAAGCCCAAAACAAGGAAGUGCAAGCGAGAGCUUCAUUCUGUUCGGCCUCAGGAAAGGGAACGGCUGUAAACAUGUGCUACAGGAGUCUGUACAUCGGGACAGGUGCUGAUAUGGAUGUGUGCCUUACAAACUACGGGCAUUGUAACUACGUUUCAGGGAAACAUGCCUGUAUAUUUUAUGAUGAGAAUACAAAGCAGUAUGAACUGCUGAACUACAGCGAACACGGGACGACUGUUGACAACGUAUUAUAUUCCUGUGACUUCUCUGAGAAGAUGAGCCAGAGUCCGUCCAACAACCUGCUCGCCAAAGUGCAAAACAUAAUCCGACGCUGCAGGAAAAAGGAGCAGGAGGAGUCUGCAAUGGGCAUGGCUGCAACAACAGAGGGUGGAGUUAUGAGCUGCGAGUCCCAAGAUGCUCCCAUCACUCCCUGUAACUGUAAAAACAGCGGCUCCAGUUUGAUUGGAGGCAGUGGUGUGGGAUGGGAAGGCACUGCGCUCCUCCAUCACGGAAGCCACAUCAAACUGGGCUGCUUGCAGUUUAUAUUCAGUAUCACAGAGUUUGCCAACAAGUCACUUAAAGAGGAGCUCACCACCUGCACCCUCACUCCCACACCUGGCCAACAGGGGGAGCAGCUGAGCAAGGCCAUGCCUCCUCCACUUCAACACAACCUUGUAACUUAACCCCUAAAGCAUCAACUUGUACAGUUUAAACGGUUUCCUAAUUGUUUAAUUGUUUAUACACUUGCAUGAGGUGACCUUUUUUCUAGUUAUUUCAGACUCUUUUGACAGGUUGCACAUUUUCUUGUCUCAAUGCAAGACUUGCAUUUUUAAAGGGAAACUUUGAUCAUCCUGUAUGCUCAGAACCAAUGAGCAGUUUUCACAUGUAAAAAAACAAAAAUCAAAACAUGUUCUAUUUUGUGCCAGUAACAAUAGUUUUUAUAUAAACAUGCAUUUUUCUUUUUUUCCAAAAAAAAAAUGGAUGCUUUUAUUUAUGUAUGUCCUCUGGAGCGCAGUCAGACCUGGUGGUUCUUUAGCACGACAUGUGCAAAGAGACUCAUGUACAUAGAUGUAUGUAUCCAUGUGAAUAGCCAGAAAGCCACACGAUUCAUUGCGCAAAAGUGCUCCAGUUUGUAUUAUUUCUGUCGUGCACUAUUUUGUUGCUGUUCAGUCCUUUUAUGUGCCUGUUUCAUGUGGUUCUGUAAUUAGUUUUCACCAGGUUCUUGUCUCAAACUAUGUAAAUACAAACCAGAUUUUAAAUAACAUGCUUUAGAAAUCCACCAGCCUGUGUUCAUGUGUCAUGCUUACUGGUUCACUCACUGGUCUUCUAUAAGAUUAGUCGAGUUUUCUAAAGUUAGCAUUGCUAUUGCUUAUUUUUAGACUGGCGCUUUAAAAAAUCUCCAUUGAGAAUAUUCAGGUGCUUAAAGUAGGAUAGGCGAUUUUGGAGAGGCAAGCAAUAGCAAGCUAGCUUUGAAAAUAUAAGAUCCCACCCUACCUGUAAAUCACUCUCCAAAGCCACGCCUCCUCCAAAACACAUGAAAACGCACAGGC